ACUGGGGGGCUUCGGGGUUUGCUGCCAGCCAGGGGCAGAGCACCCCUCUCCUCAUCCCUUUGGAUUCGUGAUGCAGUUGGGAACCAGCUGGCAACAGCAGGUGCUAAUGAGUCGAUUUUUGAGUCGACUCAUUACGCCAGGGGCAGAGCACCCCUCGUUCCUUUCCAUUCGUGAUGCAGUCGGGAACCAGCUGGCAACAGCAGGUGCUCUGCCCCUGUGCUGAGCCAAGGGAUGGGCACCCCGCAUCCCUUCGAAUCCGCGAUGCGAGUGCCUAUAACGAAAAGCAGGAGAGUGAUUGUAACCAGCAGCAGCAGGCGAGUGCCGAUAACGAAAAGCAGGAGAGUGAUUGUAACCACCAGCAGCAGGCGAGUGCCUAUAUUGAAAGGCAGGAGAGUGAUUGUAACCAGCAGCAGCAGGCGAGUGUCAGAAUGUGUGUUUGUUGCGAUGUGCUGAUCUGCUGCCUGGAGCAGAGGAGAGCGCAGCGCCGUUUUGAAACGCCCCGGUUUGGAAUGGUGCUGAUUUCGAAUUGGAUCUUCACUGCACCGCACGCCGUUUGAUUUUGCAGGGUGUUUUUGAGAAUUCUCAAAAACACCCUGCAAAAUCUUGGAUCUUCACUGCACCACACUUGGCGUUUUUAAACCCAAUUCAAUGGAGGACCAGCCCCCCCUCUCUAUGAUGAUAAUGACUCAAAAAUCGACUCAUAACACCC